AUGUCCACCAACCCCAACUUACUCCCAACCUCCAAAAUGACCCGGUCGGUAAUCGAUGCCUUCAAGGGCCUUAAUGUCGGCUCCGCCCAGGAUGUGAGUGAUCAUGAGGCCAUUUACGAAGUGUCAUAUCAAUACUUGUCCAAAGUCAAGCAAUUCAAAGACUUGGAAGCCUUCCACAACUGUCUUGUGUCGUUGAUCAACACUGACAAAUACUACAAGGCUCUUACCUUGAUUAAUGAAGUUCCUGCCGAGAUCCAUCAGGAGUAUCCGUUGGAAAAAGCCUAUGUGUACUACAAAACUGGCAACACCGACCUUUUGAAAGCUUUGUACGACACCACAGUGGCUUCUUCUGGGUUGAGCGAGGUGUUGUUGAGAGCCAUGAAGCAUGUGAUGGCCCAGAGCUGCUACCAGAACGGCGAAGUUACCCAUGCGUUAAAGUUGUACCAUGAGCUCAUCUCGUCUAAUGCUAUCGACAGUCAGAUCGACUUGGCUUGUAAUGAAAGAGCAAUCUUAUCUCAAGUUUUGUUCAAGACAUCGUCGUCGCAGAAGCCUUUAUUGAAUUUGGCCAAUGCUGACGACUCCUAUGACUUCAUCUUCAAUAAUGCGUUGAUUGAGUUGGCCAAGGGCAACUUGGCUGGCAGCUUGGACUUGUUGAACUCCGCAUUGGACUUGUGCAAGACCCAGAACAUGGACUCCGAUCCCGCCGACCUAGCCCUCGAGCUGACUCCGAUCAAAUUGACCAUUGCAUACAUUUACCAGGUCACCGGUCGUGAACAGAAAGCCAUCGACGUGUUGGAGAACUUGGACUUGGCUGACACUGCUGACCUCAUGCUCCAGCUUAUUGUCAAGAACAACCUCAUAUCUGUACAGCCAGCGGUAGACAACGUCAACUACUCCAGCAGAGAAUUAAACUAUCAUCACAACCUCCACCACUUGAGACUGAAGUUGACCAAGUCUCAGUCGAAGGUAUUGUUGAAGAACCACUUACUUUUGUCAUACCAGACAAACACACUCUCCAAAUCUUCUACCUACGUGAGCAACAGAUUUAUUAAGCAGUUCAUCACAGAGUCUGAAGGCGACUACACUCCUUUAGUGUACAAGGUGCUUCUCAAAUUGGACGUCACGUUCGAAGAUAUUGAGAACCCAGAAACCAACCGUGCCAUUAGCAGAAAAUUGCUCAAAUUCGCCAAUGCCGAACUCGAGAAAAAUGUGGCCUCCGACAUACUUGUGGCUGCAGCCUUGCUUUUGGUGGCGCUUAACUCCAAGGUGUCCAAGUUCGACCAGUCGACUUUGGUAUUAGAGAAGUUGGUGGCUAUCGAGCUCGCAGCAUCCGAUGCACCUCUCCACGGCAGCAUAUUCAAGGCUAUUAUUGAAGUAUAUGAACUCUCGAAUAGUGCCAAGAAGUUGAGCGAGUUGUACACGGCAAUUGUCACCAAGUUCAAGUCGCUCAGCGUAGAGACCAUCAGAGGUAAUGACAAUUUGUACAAAUUCAUUCUUGCGGUGGCCGUGAAGCUCCUGACAGUGGAUCUUGAAGCUGAAUCCGCUGAGUUAUUGAACCUCUUGUUAACGGUGAAAGAGUCCGAAGUCGUAGCUAGCAUUCUCAAUUCAAAUGCGGACGGCUUACUUUCGGUGCAAGAACUUGAGAGUGAGGCAGAUGUUGAGACGUUGUUGGCAGUCAAUGUGGAAGAGUUGGCACCAAAGCUUCCAGUGCCUAAGGCCAAGAAGAUAAAGCAGGCCGAUUUCAAAGUCAAGAAGAAGACUACCAAGCCUAAGUUUUCUGAGAACAAGUUCUUCAAGCCUGCCAGCGAAUUCGAUCCGGAGAAGGACUUGGACCGUGAGAAGUGGUUGCCUAUGAAGCUUCGUUCCUACUACAAGCCAUCAAAGAAGGAGUUGAAAAAGAAGUCUGGUGGCCACCAGGGAGCCAUCGAGUCUUCACCUGCACCACAAGUUGCACAGCAGGUAUCCAGCUCGAGCAAAAGCAAAAAGACGAAAAAGAAGAAGGGAAAGAAGUAG